CGGAAGUCAUCAAGAACUCACACCGUACCAGCCGGCAGCCGGCCGCGCUCGACCAAAACGGAGACUUCGGGGGAGAAUCUUAAAUAUUUACAAACGACAUAUUUACACCUAUUUGGAAAUAGGUUUAAACUCAAUCGAGCACAUAUAGGGCCGCCGCCUCAUGUCUCCUUACAGUGGGGUUAUCUGAGAACGUACCGAAACUAAAGGCAACCGGUCACAUAUUCGAAUCUAAUUUAACUAAAUUAGUUUAAUAUUGACCUUUGUCAUGUUUAUCUUCGAAAUUGAUUGCUCGUUAGUGUGCCAGAGUGUUGGGGGCGUGGAGGUGAUCGUUAUCUGUAGCCCUACUUGAACUGAUCAAAGUGCGUCCAGUCAUCCAGCUGGAAUCGCGUGGCUACUACUCGCCAUAGCUGCGCCACUCCAAGCUCGAGUCACUCUGUACGAUCUGACAGCUUCACAAAGGUUGCUAUCAUGAAGCAGAAGACGAGAUGGCAGGACUUUCUAGAGAGCGUCAGUGUGUACCAGUGGGUGGUGUCUUUCCUCUUCCUAGGCUUGUCUUGUAUUAUUUUGACUGUGUAUCUGAUGUUUACAUCCCUGUGGCCCGUGGCUGCUCUCAACUUGAUCUGGCUGGUGUUCGACUGGAACACUCCGGAGAGAGGGGGCAGAAGAAAGAUGUGUGUGAGGCAGUGGAAAGUGUGGACUCACUUCAAGAACUACUUCCCAGUAAAGCUGGUGAAGACGGCCGACCUGAAACCAAACAGGAACUACGUGGUGGGUUGUCACCCUCACGGCAUCAUGUCUUGUGGGGGCUUCGUGUGUUUCAGCACUGAGAGCUGUGGGUUCCGGGAGCUGUUCCCCGGGAUCCGCUCCACACUCGUCGUCCUGGCUGGCCUCUUCAGGAUACCCCUCUUGAGGGAGUACCUCAUGACCGCAGGUAUCCUUCCAGUGAGCAAGCCCAGCCUUGAGUACCUGCUGUCUAAGAACGGGACAGGAAACGCAGUGGUGAUCAUUAUAGGGGGCGCUGCUGAGUCCCUGUCUGCCAUCCCAGGGGUCAACACCGUCGUCAUGCGGCGGAGGAAGGGCUUCGUCAGGGUGGCGCUGGAGUUUGGGGCCGACCUGGUCCCAGUCUACUCGUUUGGGGAGAACGAGCUGUUCCGGCAGGUGGAGUUUGAGGACGGCAGCGUCAGGCGCAAGUUGCAGGACCUUUUCAAGAGGAUCAUGGGCUUCGCUCCCUGCCUGUUCCUGGGAGAACGCUGGGUCGUCCUUCCUUAUCGCUUCCCCGUCACCACAGUCGUGGGAGCUCCCAUCUCCGUGCCGAAGCGUCCAAAACCCACAGAGAAGGAGGUGGAUCACUAUCACGGCCUCUACAUGGAGGCUCUGACCAAGCUGUUUCACAAACACAAGGCCAGCUGCGGCCUCUCAGACAGCCACGAGCUGAGGCUAAUCUAGGCCUCCAUUAGGCCUCCAACCAGACCUCCCCACCUCCAGACCUCUGCACCUCCAGACCUCUGCACCUCCCAAGACCACCAGACCUUCGCAUGACAUUUGUUGUUCUCAAAACAGUGCAAACUUAACAAAUCCUCCAUCGUAGGAGUCAGACUGAUCAGUUAAAGACACUAGAUCUCCCAGAUGUUUCACUCAUCAUAAAGGAGAUCACAGAUGAAGCCCUUAACACUCUACUAGUUUAAAGACAACAUGUGUUAUAUCUUAAAUAUGUGAAGACCUAUGUGGAUAGUAAACCUGUUCUUAUUAUAAUGUUCUACCAUUGACAAAAUGUGUAAUUUGCAUAGUUCGGAUGCAAAUACAAGACUGGAUGAAUUUAUCAUCUUUAAAAAGCACUACAUGUCAAAUCUGGGGCGUAUUACUAAAUGUCUUUUAAAUGGCUUGAGAGCAUGGAUUUAAGAUGGCAGAAAUUAGCCAUAUCAGCAACUGCAGAUUGUUUUUCUAUUCCCUCUGUCUGCCUGUUGCCAUGUUGUGGUAAACACAUGACUCCUAUUACAAGUAAUCAUUUAUGUAUCUUCUUGUUGUUAAUACUUCCAAGUUCACAAGACUUCAUCACAAAACACACAGUAACAUCAAUCCUAUUGACAUUAUCUAUAUCUAUAUCUGUAAUCUAUAUCUAUAAUCUUACUAAGUCUGAAAGAAUGUUUACAGCCACGUUUAAAAUGAUUAAAAAGUUUUGGAAAAAGUG